AUGCCGUCAAAAGUCCUUUCCGCUUUCUCUUCGCAAAAACACACUUUUGACCUCCGCAACGACCUAAUCGGUGGCUGCAGCAUCGACACCCACGGCACCCCAAUAACAAAGACUGUCAUGCAGGCAGCUCUAGACUCUGAUGCGGUUCUAUUUGCCUCCGUGGGCGGGCCCAAAUGGGACGGUGUCCGACACGGCCUGGAGGAGCAGGGCUAUGCAAUGGACGAAUGGGGUUACAGCGCCCCUGAAGUGUGA